AUGGAAAUUGAGAAAGAAAUUAUAAAAUUGUCUUCUUGUUAGAAAUUCUUGCUGAUUCAAAGUUUUAGAACUAUGAUCAAUAUUAUUGAUUUAGAAAAUUUCAAAUAGAAACAAAUAAACUUCAGAAAUGCUGAAAUUUCAUUUAUUGAUUACUUUGAUAAUGAGUUAUUGAUAGGAGAUAAAUAAGGAAAAAUAUAUUAUAAAAAUGAAUCAUUUUAAGUUCAUUCUGGCUAAUUUUUAUAAGGGAUUGUUAAAGAUGGAAUGUUGCUAUCAUUAGGUUAAGAUGGUUUAUUAAAAUAAACUAAUAUCAAAACAUUUUAAUCUCUAUACUCUAGAUAAUUAUGUCAUCACAUAAAGGAAGGAAAUUUAUAUCUUUUGACAUCUCAUGCUUUAGUUUAGUAUGGUUAAAAGAUAAUAUUAAUCAAUUUAGAAAAUGAUGUAAAAUAAUAUCAUAUUUAAGGUAGUAGAAACAAAGUAUAAAAUAAAUCAAUAAGGACCUUUGAUAGUAAAAUUGAACAAUUUAUCUAGAGAUUAUUUUUCUGUUUUAGGCAAAGAGGGUUUAUUGAAAAUAUUCAAAAUAGGUGACAAUUCAGAAGCAAUAUAAACUAUUGAAAUAGGAAGUUAUGAAAAUUAUGAAUUAUUUUAUAUGUCAAAAAAGACUACAAUAUUACAAUGGAAUCAAGAUAGUAUUAUAGGAUAUGUUUUUGAAAAAGAAUUAAAUAAAUAAUAUGAGAUAAAAAUAAAUAAUUUAUAAUCUGUUAUGUAAGGAGAAAGAUUAUUGAUUGUAUAUGAUAACAUAAGUAAUCCUAAAUUAAAAUAGAUAAAUAAUAUUGAAAGUUAAAAAUUUAAAUCAUUAUAUUAAUAAGAAUAAUUACUAAGAUUCAAUGAAUUAUAACAAACUAAAUAGGAUGAAUUAAAUUAAAAUAAAUAACAAUCAAACCCUAUACCUAUUGCUUUUUAUGAUUUUGCUUAUUUUAAUAAUCAAAGUUCUAUUAUUAAAAAUGAUAAUAUAAAACCAAAAUAGAUUAUUAGUGAAUAAAAUUUGAUUAAUGUGCUUAAAUAAUCAUUGAUAGCAAAAGAUAAGACUUAUUUAGAAUAUGCUUUAGAAAGAACUCUUUAAAGUGGAAUUGUAGAAUCUGUUAAUUCAUUAUAACUUGAAUAAUUAUAAGAGCUUUAGCAUUUCAUUGUAGAUAAAUUGAUAAGUUAUCCAGAAUAAACAAAGAAGUAUUUGGAUUGGAUAAAAGCUAUAGUAAAAAGAGGAGUUGGAGAUUUCUCUAAAUUAUAUUAUUUAUUAGAAGAAAGAACAAAAUCUAUUAAUAAAUUAGAAGAAAUAUGUUCAAAAAUAUAAUUUAAUAAAUUAACACAGAAACCAAAAUAGGAUAAAGAUUAUAGAAAACAAUAACAUACUAUUUAUGAAGAAUAAUAGGCUGAUGUUGUAAUUAUUUAAGGAAAUGUUACUUAAAAGUAAAUAGCUGAAAUUAACUAUGGAGAAGAUUAAACAAGUUAAAUUGAGGAUGAUUUCAAUUAAGCUUAUAUUAAAGUAAAUAAUAAAUUGUAUAUUUUUAAUAGCAUAAAUAAGAACUUAGAUAAAAAGCCUAUUAAGAUAUUGAAGAGGAAGCAUAUGAUGAAGAAGAUAUAAAAUUUUGA